UUUACGAAACGGUGUAACGACAGUGAAAUUUAUUUAGUCUCACGAGCGUUUGCAAGAAAAGCAAUGCAGCAAAGAGCGUCAAUGCUACACAGACUUCCUUGACAUUCCAUUUGUUGCAAAAUGGCAGACGAAGCAUUAGCUCGGGCGGGACUUCACUUUGACGACCUGAAUAAAAUACGAGUUCUUGAACCUGAAGUUCAACAACAAACACUAGAAUUAAAAGAAGAAUGUAAAGACUUUGUUGAUAAAAUUGGUGGUUUUCAAAAGAUUGUAGGGACUUUUAUUGAGGUUGUAGAUAAUGUUGCCAAAGAAGUGGAGAAAGAAAAGAUGAAGGCAAUUGGUUCCAGGAAUUUAUUGAAAUCAAUAGCUAAACAAAGAGAAUCUCAGCAACAACAACUGCAGGCACUGACGUCAGAAAAGAAAAUGCAACUGGAAAGAUUACGGAUACAGUAUGAAGCCCUUCUGAAGGAAGAAAGAGAGCAAAAGGAAUUCAUAGAACAAUUCACCCUACAAAAAUAGCCAUCCUUGUCACCACCACGCUGCCGUCCUCUGUGAAUAGUUCUCCUCUAAAUUAUCAUGUACAUUGAUUUCAUUUUCUAUAGUUUUUUUCUACAUACAUUUUGUAAAUAAAACAAAUUAAUAUUGCACUGCAGUUUA